GGGGAAAGUUGCUAAAAAACUGAAGCAGUUAAUGGGUGAAUAUGAUCAAAUUUCUCCACCAAGUUCUCAACCUGAUAAGGAGAAUCCCUUGUCAACCUAAUGAAGCAUUCAAAGAAGACAUCUGACUCUUUUCGAGAUGAACUUGAAGAUUACAUCAAAGUGCAGAAAGCCGGAGGCUUAGAGCCAAAGACUUGUUUCAGAAAGAGGAGAGAGGAUUAUUUGGAAACCUGUGGAUACAAAGAAGAGGUUAAUUUUAGACCCAGGUGUAGAAUGUUUGAUCAAAGACUCCCUUAUAAGCCCAUCCAGACCUACGGAAGACCAUGCAAUAUUUCACAAGCAGUGGAGAAGCGGUUACCUCAGUGGCUACCAGCUCAUGACAGCAGGCUGAGACUAGACUCCCUGAGCUACUGUCAAUUCACCAGGGACUGUUUCUCAGGAAAACCAGUAGCCCUGAACUUUAGUCAACAAGAGUAUAGCUGUAGCUCAUACAGUGUAGAAUCUGGAGUUUACAGGCACCUCUCCUUAGAAAACAGUACCAGUGCCCAUCAAGCUAGUUAUAAACAGAUACACCAGAAGAGAAAAAGACACCCAGAGGAAGGCCGGGAAAAACCAGAAGAGGAGCGGCCCAAGCAUAAGAGGAAGAAAGCUUAUGAGGAGAUAGAUUUAGACAAACACAAGAGCAUCCAAAGAAACAAAACAGAGGUGGAAACAGUCAGAGUCAGUACAGAAAAGCUUAAGAACCGAAAGGGCAAGAAAAGCCGAGAUGUAGCCUCUAAGAAAGAGGAACGUAAGCGUAGAAAAGAGAAAAAGGAACAAGGGAAAGAGAGGACAGAAGAGGAUAUGCUUUGGGACCAGGCUAUCCUUGGAUUCUGAAGCUCUUGCAUUGGUUCUCCUGAGGUUAAACUGAAAAAGUAGUUGAGGAGCUUGGUUUUACAAUGUCCAUGUUCAUAUCGCUUUUUUCAUGUGAACAGGUACAAAGGCUAAGUGCACAGAAAACAUUUAGUGUACUUGCUCUCCAACAUGGGAAUUACUUUUCCUCUCUUCUAAAAUCAUUACUACAUUUUUCUUAUACAUAAUGUAAUUUCCCUUAAUGAGGGUGGCUUUGCUUUUAUUCAUCAAAUUGCUAUGAUGGUGGAAGUAUUUUUCCCUUGGGAGGUCAUUUAUUUUAAAUUGGAGGAUUAAUAGGCUUUACAAAAUCUAUUUCUUGAUUGGGUUUUAGUUUGGGGUGGGUGUUUUUAUAUUAGUUUUCUCUGUGAAGCAGUUUUGAUUGAUUAUUUUUUUCCUUCGUUAGAUCUAACUUGCAGUAUAUUUUAUAGAUUGGAAAGUGGAAAAUGACAUACAUUAUAAUAAGCUUAAGUUACAU